CUUAUUGCCAUAGUGUAACAUCUAGUCCCCGUGAGUACGGGACGGGUAUAGACCGGAUCGUGCAGCGGAAAGGAAACCUCCGCUGAUUCUGUGGGUGGAUUGCGGAGUUAGCCCAGAUCUCCACGAAUACGAACCUGUCCGCCUAGCACCCCGGGGGCGAAAUAGCCCGUCGGAAGUGGUCCGCAAGAUAGCUUGAAACACAACUCGGGCUGUCAAGGAAAAAGGAACAGACAUUGCAAUUCCGGCACACAAUAUGGCUAGGGUAGCGGCCCCAUACUCUUCGUUUCCCUAUUGGGAAUACCCAACCCGCAGCUUGGACUUCUUGCACCCAUCUGAAAGGCGCUCUGCAGAUGACAAUAAACCGACACAAUCGAAAGUGCUGCUGAAUGUUGUCGUCGUCGGAGCUGGGCUUGGAGGACUUGCUACCGCCAUUGCCCUCGCGCGGAGGGGACACUCUGUGACUGUCCUCGAACAAGCCCCUGCAUUAUCGGAGGUUGGAGCUGGCAUUCAACUACCCUCGAAUUCCACCCUACUCCUGCUGCGAUGGGGCUGUGGACCACAUCUUAAGGGACAAGUAGUGGAACCCGAGAACAUCACCUUUCGAAGAUGGAGCAAUGGAGACAAUGUCGGUUUCACCAGAUUAAUACCUGACUUCCGAGAAAACUUCGGAGCUCCCUAUUACGUCGUCCAUCGAGCUCAUUUCCAUGCCGCCCUUCACGAAUGUGCAGUAGACCUUGGUGUCAAGGUCCAGGUGAACAGCAAAGUGGUCAGCUACGAUCUGAAUGCCCCAUCGGUUGUGUUGGAGGAUGGCCGUACUAUUUACGGCGACCUAGUUGUGGCCGCAGAUGGUAUCAAGUCUGUUGCACGCGCCGCGGUUCUGGGAGGAGCCGACCGUCCUCCUGCUCUCACUGGAUUUGCUGCCUAUCGAGCGACGGUUGACGCUGCAAAAAUAAAAGCUGAUCCCGAGAUCGCAUGGCUGUUGGAAAGACCAGCGUUGAAUAUCUGGAUUGGCGAAGACCGCCAUGUCAUGACAUACACCAUUGCUGCUGGAAAAUCACUGAACAUGGUCCUCUCUCAUGUCGACCAUACUGAUCCUCAGACCUGGAAGCCAGAGGAUGCAGUUGAACAAAUGAGGGGAUAUUUUGCUGACUGGGACCCAAAACUAUUCAAGAUCAUCAAGAUGAUCGAACACACACAAAAGUGGCCCCUCUUAAGCGGCGUGUCACUCCCACGCUGGUGUGCACCCUCUAAGAAGCUGCUUAUUCUGGGAGACGCAGCACAUGCCAUGGUCCCUUACAUGUCCCAAGGUGCCGCGAUGGCCAUCGAGGACGGCGCUGCCCUGGCUGAGGUCAUAGAUCAAAUCGGAACUUCCGAACAACUUCCAGAAGCACUCGACGUUUUCACCCGUGAGCGGAUGCAGAGAUCUGGCCAGAUGCAAUCAGCCAGUCUGGUGAACGGAAAGAUCUGGCAUUUCCCAGAUGGACCCGAGCAGCAGAAGAGAGACGAAGCAAUGAGGGCAGAGGUCGAAGGUAAACAGUUCCAGAGGAGUGCAAAUCAGUGGAGUGAUCCAGUCACUCAGUGGUGGUGUUAUGGUUACGAUGCUGAGAAGGCUGUGCGGGAAGCCUGGCAGAAAAGAGGGCGAGCUUCCAAGAUCUAAUUCGGACUAAGUGUGAUCCAAGGCGACUGUCUAUAUCAACCUCAUAAUAAUAGAGGUAUGCUAUACGUUGGU